CUGCUUGAUACGUUUGUUCGUGUCGAUGAUCAUGACGUUCUGCUGGUGCAGGAUCAGAUGGACAUCACCUGCGUCAUUGCGAUGCAAACUGCAGUGCAGAAGGCGUGCUUCAAGCAAUGGGGCGACAGUUUAGUCAUGGAUUGGACGCACGGGACUAACAACUUAGGCUACCAUCUUGAUGUUAUUGCUUGUCGAUCAUUUGCUGAACAUACAGGAAGUCUUGUAGUGACGUCAGCAACUGGAAGAGGCAUUCCUGUGAUUGACUUUCUCGCGCUCGACCAGAAGGACGGGACCAUGGAACGCAUUUUGGAGUUCUUCAAGCGUCACAAU